AUGGCUCGACCCCCUGCCCCUGCCUCUACCCAGCCCCUGCCCUUGCCUGUGCCCAGCCCCUGUCUCUACCUCUACCUAGCCCCUGCCUGUGCCCAGCCCCUGUCUCUACCUCUACCCAGCCCCUGCCCUUGUCUCUACCCAGCCCCUACCCCUACCUCUACCCAGCCCCUGCCCCUGCCUCUACCCAGCCCCUACCCAUACCUCUACCCAGCCCCUACCCAUACCUCUACCCAGCCCCUACCCAGGUGUCCCCUGUGUCGUCAAGUGAUGUCGCUGGUGCCUGUGUCUGUGAUGUCUGUGAAGUCUUUGGUAUUUGUGGUGUUUGUAGGUUAA